GAAGAAAAGCUCUUAAGGGUGCUGAGGAAGCACAACCAUGCCAUUGGUUGGACAAUGUCUGACAUAAAGGGUAUUAGCCCUGCAUUCUGCAUGUACAAAAUACUCAUAGAGGAGGGACACAAGCCUAGCGUGGAUCAUCANAGUGGAUCAUCAAUGCCGCCUAAAUCCAAUCAUGAAAGAGGUGUGAAUGAACAAAAUGAAUUAAUCCCAACUAGGACUGUGACUGGUUGGCGAAUAUGCAUAGAUUAUAGGAAUUUGAAUAAUGCUACACGAAAAGAUCACUUCCCCCUCCCCUUCAUUGAUCAAAUGCUAGACAGGUGUAAGAAGACUAAUCUGGUACUGAAUUGGAAAAAGUACCAUUUUAUGGUACGUGAAGGUAUAGUGUUGGGGCACAAGAUGUCCAAAGAUGGAUUGGAAGUUGACAAAGCUAAGGUGGAAGCAAUUGAAAAGUUGCCACCACCGAUUUCUAUGAAAGGAAUUAGGAGUUUUCUGGGACAUGCAGGUUUUUUUCGCCGAUUUAUAAAGGAUUUCUCAAACAUUUCUUCUCCUUUGUGCAAGUUAUUAGAAAAGGAUGUGCCGUUCAAGUUUGACGAUGCUUGUCUGAAAGAAUUCGAGGAGCUGAAAAAGAUGUUAGUGAGUGCACCAAUCAUAGUGGCUCGUGACUGGAAAGAGCCAUUUGAGCUGAUGUGUGAUGCUAGUGAUGAAAAGAAGUUGCUUGUUGUAGUAUGGGCAUUCGAUAAAUUUCGGGCCUAUUUGGUUGGCACCAAAUUCAUCGUCUACACAUACCAUGCAUCCAUCAGGAAUUUGAUUUUUGAGAUCCGAGACCGUAAAGAAAUAGAGAAUCAAGUGGCUGAUCACUCAUCCAGGUUAGAAACUCUGAAUCAUGUAGCUGGGGGAGAUGUCAUCAAGGAAACAUUCCCGGAUGAGCAAUUGUUGGCCAUUACUGUUGGGGAGGUGCCAUGGUAUGAAGAUUUUGUGAACUAUCUGGAAAGUGGAGAGAUGCCGCCUAAUCUUGAACCUUAUGCUAAAAAGAAGUUCUUGGGAGAUGUGCCAGAGAAUAGGAACAAUGAGAUGCCAUUGCACGGUAUUAUGGAGGUUGAAAUUUUUUAUGUGUGGGAAAUUGAUUUUAUGGGUCCGUUUCCCUUGUCUAGUGGGUGUAACCACAUUUUGGUGGCCAUUGACUAUGUGUCGAAAUGGGUGGAGGCCAUUGCUCUUCUCACCAAUGAUCCCAAUGUUUUGGUCAACUUUGUGAAAAAGCAUAUCAUUACAAGGUUCGGUACUCCGAGAGUGAUGAUUAGUGAUGGGGGCACCCAAUUCUGUAACAAGCUCUUGGACAAUGUCUUAGCGCAAUAUGGGGUCAAACAUAAGGUUGCAACCGCUUACCAUCCUCAGACUAGUGGGAAAGUUGAAGUCUCAAAUAGAGAGAUAAAGUAG